AUGGGGAGUCGAAAUGGUGUUUUCUCUGCUCGGAGUGCUUAUCAUCUCCUUUCAAAUAAGGAGUCUUCUCAUCGUUUAUCUACUGCAUCUGAUUCAAGGAUUCAUGACUGGAGUAUGGUUCCCGCUGAUGUAUGGAAAAUCAUCUGGAUUUGUAGUACUUUACCCAAGAUCCAACGGUUUCUAUGGCGGGCUUGUGUUUGUGGACUUGCAACAGGAGAUGCUCUAACUCGGCGUAAUGUCGCUGCUGAUCCGUUGUGUGGUCGUUGUGGUGAAUGUGAAACAAUUUCACAUCUUCUAUUAGGCUGUUCAUAUGCCCGAGUGGGCGAGUGGGAAGAAGGAAUCCCAAUCAUUGAUAGCCUUGUGAAGCUUUGUUUGUUUUUUUUAUGGUUAUCACGUACUGAUCUGGUGUUUGGGCAUAAAAUAUGGCAACCAAAUGAGGUAAUUUGUGCAGCGGUUAAAGCAUUCCAGGAAUUCGUUGAUAUUCAAACUACUGUUGAUACUACUCCAUCAACUGUAUCAUUACCUCAACAAUGGAUAGUGCCACCUGCAGGUUAUGUAAAAUGCAACUGUGAUUCCAGUUUGUCUAUGGAUUCCUGCAAAUCGGGGAUUGGAUUCAUUUGUAGAGAUCAUAGUGGAGCCCCAAUGGUUGCAAUAUCAGAUCCAGUUUCUUUUUCUGAUGUUUUGGUUGGUGAGGCAACUGUAAUUCGAUUGGCAUUGUUGGAGAUUAUUUCAACUCGGUAUGCGCGAGUCAUGGUUGAGUCUGACAAUAUAAAUCUGGUUACAUACAUUAGGGAUGGUGGAGGGACUUCUCCUUUAUUGAUUUGA